AUGGAGAGUAUAAUUGGAAGCAGAAUCAUAACCUAGGUUUGAGAUUGCCUUUGGAAAAUAUUUAAGAGAAAAUAAGGUCAAGUUCACAAAUUUCCAAAACUGUUUAAUAGAUAGGGUGGAUCUCUCUGUAUUUAUUCCUGAAGUUGUCGUAUCAUGGCUGAAAAUGACGCAGACAGAAUCCAGACUGAGAAACUCCUACAAAGAGUACAGGAACUGGAGCAGGAGGUAAAACGACUUAAAAAAGAACAGGCCAAUAACAAGGACUCAAACAUCAGAGAGAAUUCUUCAGGAGCUGGGGGAAAAGCUAAGCGUGCCUUUGAUUUCAGUGCUCAUGGUCAAAGACAUGUAGCUCUAAAGAUCGCCUAUCUGGGCUGGGGAUAUCAGGGCUUUGCCAGUCAGGAAAACACAAGCAAUACAAUUGAAGAGAAACUGUUUGAGGCUCUAACCAAGACUCGACUGGUAGAAAACAGGCAGACAUCCAACUAUCACCGGUGUGGGCGAACAGACAAAGGAGUCAGUGCCUUUGGACAGGUGAUUUCUCUUGACCUACGUUCUCACUUUCCAAAGGGCAGGGAUUCUGAGGAUUUUAAUUUAAAAGACGAAGUCAAUGAUGUGGCUACAGAGAUCCGUUAUACCCACAUUCUCAAUCGGGUACUCCCUCCAGACAUCCGUGUGCUGGCCUGGGCGCCCGUAGAAACUAGCUUCAGUGCUAGGUUCAGCUGUCUGGAGCGGACCUACCGCUAUUUCUUCCCUUGUGCUAACUUAGACAUUGUAACCAUGAACUAUGCAGCCCAGAAGUAUGUUGGCACACAUGAUUUUAGGAACUUAUGUAAAAUGGAUGUAGCCAAUGGGGUGACUAAUUUUCAGAGGACUAUCCUGUCUGCUCAAGUACAGCGAGUGGGCCAGAACCUGGCCGAGGAGGGAUGGCAGGAACCCUUUCAGUUAUGCCAGUUUGAAGUGACUGGCCAGGCGUUCCUUUAUCAUCAAGUCCGCUGUAUGAUGGCUAUUCUUUUUCUGAUUGGCCAAGGAAUGGAGAAGCCAGAGGUUAUUGAUGAGCUGCUGAACAUAGAGAAAAAUCCCCAGAAGCCUCAAUAUAGUAUGGCUGUGGAAUUUCCUUUAGUCUUGUAUGACUGUAAGUUUGAAAAUAUUAAGUGGAUCUAUGACCGGGAAGUUCAGGAAUUCAACGUUACCCACCUUCAGCAACUGUGGGCUAAUCAUGCUGUGAAAACGCAGAUGCUGUAUAGUAUGCUACAAGGACUGGACUCUGUUGCAGUACCCUGUGGAACAGGACCAAAGAUGGAUGGGAUGAUAGAGUGGAGAAAUGUUAAGCCCUCUGUCACAAAGCAGACCAGUGCCUUUGUAGAAGGAGUGAAAAUGCGCACUUAUAAGCCACUAAUGGAUCGUCCUAAAUGCCAAGGAUUAGAAUCCCGGAUCCAGCAUUUUGUACGCAGGGGACGCAUUGAACACCCACAUUUGUUCCAUGAGGAAGAAACAAAAGCCAAAAGGGACUGUAGUGACACACUAGAGGAAGAAAAUACUGUUUUUGAGAAACCAACAAAGAGAAUUUGUGUUGAUACAGAACUUAAAAGCAUCAUUUAAACCACAGAAAACUCACCAAGAUCUAGGAGGCAACAAAACACCAUUAGGCUAAAGAAGUCUCUUGAACAAGAAAAAGUUUAAACAUUCCUUCAUUCCUGUACAGAAGAACUAGAGGUGGGAGAAGCAAGAAGAAAUUUUUAAAUGGACAUACAUUGACAUACACCUGGAAACCUGUGCCUUGUGUUCAAAGUCAU